GGACGGAGCUUGGGUUCAGAGGAAAGGCUCGGGAUUAAAGAGCCGGGACGGAGAUCAGAAUUGCCCAGCGAAGGAAUAAGCGGCGCUUCCAUUGACGGACUCGGUCUCGGUGGCGACUCGAGGGAGCAGCCGGUGGCGAAGGCAGUCGAGCAGAAUGAGGAAGGCCGGGGCCAGUCGCACGUAGAUUUGUCGAUUGAAGGCUGCGAGACGAGACGGACGACGAGAGGAAGACGAAGCGAGGGGAGAAGGGAAUAUUUGGAACGAGUAUUUUGUGGGCGCACCGGCCGAUCGAGCCUCGACGGCGGGCUGGCUAUUGCACUUUGUUUCAGGCCAGGCCGGAGAGAAUUGGGGAGAUUGCUGAAUCUUUGAAUUUUCUGUCGAGGUUGGAGUGGUCGGAGGAGGCAGCCACGGCUUUUAGGAGGUAGGAGUUAGGAGCAGGGGGGUGGGGGUGGAGCGAUAUGGAGUCGAGUGCGAACUUGACCGCUGAGCAGGCGUUGACGGACUCCUUGUUGCCGUCGUCUUCUGCUUACUCUGGGUUCCCUUACUUGGAAGCGGUUAUCGGUUUUAUGAUAUGUAUGUAUUUCUUUGAAACGUACCUUGACCUUCGUCAGCACAAAAUUUUGGCGCUCCCAACCCUACCGGCUACACUGAAGGGAGUUGUGAGCGAUGAAAAGUUUGGAAAGGCCCGGGCGUACAGUUUAGAUAAGAGCCGGUUCCACUUUGUACAUGCAUGUUUCAAUAUCUUGGAGGAGGGAGCAAUCCUGUCUUUUGGGUUGCUGCCUUAUUUUUGGAUGAAAUGUGGAGUGCUUUUAGAGAAUUGGGGCUUCAACCCAGAAAACGAGAUCCUACGCACCUUGGCGUUUUUGGGUGCUACGACAGUAUGGACACAGGUGGUGGAGCUACCGUUCUCACUGUACUCUACAUUUGUAAUUGAGGCACGCCAUGGCUUCAACAAGCAAACAGUGUGGCUUUUCUUCAAGGAUAUGAUCCUUGCAAUGCUGUUGAUGGUGGUACUUGGCCCACCCAUUGUUUCUGCUAUCAUCUACCUGGUUCAGAAAGGAGGUCCAUACCUUGCUCUUUAUUUGUGGGGAUUCAUGCUGGUUUUGUCACUCGGGAUGAUGGCUAUUUAUCCCGUUCUCAUUGCCCCACUGUUUAACAAGUUCACUCCACUGCCCGAAGGAGAGCUGAGGGCAAAAAUCGAGAAGCUGGCGUCAUCACUAAAGUUUCCCUUGAAGAAGCUGUUUGUCAUUGACGGAUCUACAAGAUCUAGCCAUAGCAAUGCAUACAUGUAUGGAUUUUUCAACAGCAAGCGCAUUGUGCUCUAUGAUACACUUAUACAACAGUGUAAGGAGGAAGAGGUCGUAGCAGUUCUCGCACAUGAACUUGGCCACUGGCAGCUUAGUCAUACCAUGUAUUCCUUUGUAGCCAUGCAGGUUCUUACGCUGUUGCAAUUCGGCGGUUAUACAUUAGUUCGCAAUUCAACUGAUCUUUUCCGAAGUUUUGGUUUCUCAACCCAGCCUGUUCUCAUUGGCCUCGUGUUAUUCCAGCAUACAAUCAUGCCCUUGCAACAUCUUGUUAGCUUUGGCCUCAACCUGGUCAGCAGGGCAUUCGAGUUUCAGGCGGAUGCAUUCGCAAGGAAGCUUGGUUAUGCAGAUUCUUUGCGAGGAGGCCUCAUCAAGUUACAAGAGGAAAACCUUUCAGCAAUGAACACAGAUCCCUGGUACUCAGCAUAUCACUACUCUCAUCCACCGCUUGUCGAACGGCUCCAGGCUCUUGACAAGUACACAAAGAAGGACGAAUGAUUGAAUCACGUCUGGAGAGGAAGCACCAGAGUUGUAGCGUCAGCUAUUAGAGCUUCAUUUGAAAACGUCCAGCGGACAUAUGUACACAAGAGAAAAUGUUUUGGAAUUGUGCACGGAUAACAGGGAUCUGGUGACUUCACCAGAGUAUAUCAUAUGAGCAAAACAUCACACCUUAGGCUGCUGGGGACUUUGGUAGGUGGCUUUACCUCAUUGGUAAGAUGGGUAAGCAGUUCUUGUUCAAGGGAGAGCUUUAAUCAAUGAUCUUGUCUUGAACUUGUCAACACGAAGCUGCACUUUCGCACUUGUUCCACAUUCAUGUGCUCUUGUGAAGCUCGAUUGUCAUUGAGAAUGCGUACUUC